AUGGCUUGGCGAUAUCCCGAUCGGGAUAAGUGCCCUUUUCUUUUUUCGACGUCGUCUCUUCUUUUCUUCUUUUUCUAUUCUUCUCGUCUCCGUCUUCGUCUUUGGCUUCCUCGACUUCCACACAGUUCAAACGCACGAGAAUGCACAUCUCGCUGGCGAACACCGCAGGAGAACGACAACAGCAGAAUCCCUGCAGUGGCGUUGAUGCCUGUACGAUCGCCGUGCGCUGGAUCCUCGCUUAAGGAGCCGUUAUCGAGAUCGACAAGAUCCACAGCUGAACGUUACAUCGUUUCGACCGUAGUGCCAGUCGGAGUAUGGUGUCUUCCACAAAGACAACGCCAGCGUGGAUGUUAUACAUGCUCUAGACAAAUAUGCAGUUUAACAUCGCUUUGUACGGAGUAUUCUCCGUGCCUUUCCUCAUCAUACAGGGUCAGAUCAGCAGCUCUUCUCUGCGUUGACUAGGUAUACGCUUAGAUCGCUCAAGAUCUCCCCUUGAAUUCGAGUUCAUGUACGAAGUAUGGAUCUCCAGACCAUCCAGAACAUCAUGCAUGGAUGCUCCAGAAGCCUCGCUGGUGGA